AUGUGGCUCUUGGAGAAAGUUGGCUACAAGGUGGGGACCGCGGAGCCCGGGGCCCGGUGGGCGCCCUCCAACCUGUUUCCUAAGCGUCGCGCACCGGGCCCGCCCGCCCGCGCCUGCCCCAACAUUAUCACCCCGGAUCGCAUCCCACAGUUCUUCAUCCCUCCUCGGCUCCCGGACCCAGGCGGCGCUGAGUCCCUGGCCGGGCGCGACGCGGGCGGGCAAGGCUUCCCUGCCGUCUGCUCGCUGCCGCACCUGGCGGGCCGCGAAGGCUGGGCCUUCCUGCUCGAGAGCCCGCACACGCGCAGGCGCGAGUCCUUGUUCCACUCGCCGUGGUCCACCCCCGCUGGGGGGCUCCCCUCGGCACAGUCCCGGCUGCACGUCUCCGCCCCGGACCUGCGCCUCUGCCGGGCCCCCGACAGCGACACAGCCUCGUCGCCUGACUCAUCGCCCUUUGGCUCCCCGCAGCCGGACCCUGGCCGGCGCAGGUUGCCCAGGCCACACUCACUGUCCCCGGAGGAGGCGAGCUCGGCCGACACGAGCCCGUACGCGCCGCGCCGCGCGGGGCCGCCCACGCCGCCGCUCUUCCAUCUUGACUUCCUGUGCUGCCAACUGCGGCCGACCAAGGAGAGCGUGCUGCGCCUCGGGCCCCGCGGCGGGCAGCUGCGUCUCUCCGCCGAGUACCAGGCCGGGCCCAGGCGGCUACGGCUGCGCUUGGUGAGCGCCGAGGGUCUGCCCCGGCCGCGGCCGUGCCCGGGGAGCGGCGGGGGCGGCUGCUGCGUGGUGCUCACGCUGCGGCCGCGCGUGCGGCCGAGGGGCCAGCGGAGCCGCGUGGUCAAGUGCAGUGCCAACCCUAUCUUCAACGAGGACUUCUUCUUCGACGGUCUCGGUCUGCCAGACCUAGCCAACCGUAGCCUGAAGGCCAAGGUGCUGGACAGGGGCGCUGGGCUCCGUAGGGAUGUCCUGCUAGGGGAGUGCGAGACGCCUCUUAUUGCCCUGCUGCCUCCCUUGAGUGGAGGCCUAGGUCCAGGGACCUCCCUGGCACCUUCCCACCUCAGCCUCUAG